AUGUUAUCUAACAAAAAAAAAGAAAAAAAAGCGAAUCCAUUAAUUUGUCAUAGAAGAUUAGGAAUUUAUAAGAAAAAAAUAUACGAAAAUAAUAAACAAUUAAUUUAUGUUUCAUUAUCUGGGCAUAUUUACACCAAUAAUACAUAUAAGGAAAUAGUUAAAUUUGAUAAUAAUAUUCUUAACGAAUUGAAUAUAUCAAAGACAGGAAAUAAUUCUUCAAUAAAUAAUGUAAAAUUAUUUUAUAACAAAUUAAAUGAGUCUAAAAUUAAUGGAGAUAUUUCUAAUUGUGAAGAAAAAAAAUUCGAGUAUUAUUUUAUACCCGAUUCAAUCAUAAAAGAAUAUAAUAAUAUAGGAAUAUAUGAACUAUAUAAAGAUCAAAUUGAAUGUUUAAAAAAUAUAUUUCAUAAUGAAGAAAUUGAAAAUAACUUGAAAAAUAAAAAUGAUGAAGAAUUUUUUGUCCAUAGAAAAAAAGAAAAUGUAAAUUUUUUAUUAGAUUCUGAUUUUUUUCUACCUAUAGAGAAAUCUGAAAUAAAAGAUAUAAAAUGUCUAUAUUAUAAAGAUAAUAAAAUAAAUGAAAGUAUUAGGGAUAAAGAGAAUGAAUAUAAAAAUUAUACUUGUAAUAAUAAUAUCUUUUAUAAAAAUUUUAUAUUUAAUAUAACAACAGGUAUGGGAAAAACAGUUAUUUAUGAUAUUUUAAUUAUUAGAUUUAUUUUGUAUAAAGGAUAUAGAGUAGUAUUAUCAUUGCCAACAAUGUCUUUAAUUAAUGAAAAAAGUGAUUAUUAUGAGAAACUACUUGGAAAUAAUACAGUAUCAUUAAAUAUAAAAAAAUUUAAUAGUUUAAAUUUUACUGGAUAUUCAUAUAAUAUGUCAACAGAUAUUGCCUUAUGUACAUAUGAACAAGCUAAUAUUAUAGUUAAUAUAAUUAUUAAGAAUAAUUUAAAAUGUAAUUAUAUAUUUAUUAUUGAUGAAAUCCAUUAUAUAAAUGAUAUACAUAGAGGAUUUUUUAUUGAAUCAUUAUUAACCAAAAUUAAAUUUAUUCAAAAAAAUUAUGAACAUCUUUUUUAUAUAAGAACUUAUAGUUUUUCAGCAACAUUAUCAAACAUUGAUCAAUUGGGAGAAUGGUUAAAUGCUAAAGUAUAUGUAAGUAAGGAGAAAUUAUAUAAUAUAAAAUAUCUAUAUAAAAUUAAAAAUAUAAUUUAUAAGGAUUUAAAUAUAAAUGAAAUUGAAAGAAAAUUAGAUAAUCCAUUUUUACUUGAUCCGGAUCAUUUAGUUUAUUUAAUAAGUGAAGAAUUAAUUCUAAAAAAAAAUGUUUUGAUAUUUUGUCCUACAAGAGAUAAAACUGAAAAAGUUGCUUCAUUUAUAAGUAAUGUAUUACCUUACUAUUUAAAAAAUAAAAAUUAUCGUAUAAAUAAAAGAUUACUAGAUAAAAGAAUACAUUUAAUAAAUGAAUUAAAAAAAUUAAAUGUAAAAAUAGAAAAUUUAGAAAAAUUAAUUUUGAAUGGAAUUUUUUUUCACCAUUCUCAACUAGAUAAAAAUGAAAAAGAAAUUAUUGAAAAUUCUUUUAAAAAUAACAUUCUUUUUUGUCUAUGUUGUACUACGACUUUAUCUGUGGGAGUUAAUCUUAAUGUUCAUACAGUUAUUAUUAGAAGUCUAAGAUUAGGUAAUACAUAUUUAACAAAAGAUCAAAUUAUUCAAAUGGCUGGUAGAUGUGGACGAACAAAAAAAGUAUUAGAAAAAAAAAAAAUUGAUGUUGAUAAUUAUAUUGAUAGUGAAAUUUAUGCAACAAAUGAUUUAUGUAAUAAUAGAAAUGAUUUUUCUAUUUAUGAUUAUGAUAUAGGUUGUGAUGGAAAAGUUUUGAUUUUUUUAAAUCAUUGUGAUAAGAAUUAUUUAGAAAAAAUAUUUAGUAAUAAUUUUGAAAUGUGUAAACUGAAAACGAAAUUACAUAAUUUUCAAUUAUGUAAAUUUAUAUUAGAAUUUAUACAUUUAGAAUUAAUUAAAACAAAAAAAGAUAUGUUUGAUUUGCUUUUCUUUUAUACACUUAAGUUUUUUAAAAUUGAAAAUAGUCUUGAAAAAGAGAAAAUUAUAAAAGAAAUAAAACAAAAUUUUCAAUUCCUAUUUGAAAAUAAAUUAAUUAUUAUACCUUAUGAAAAGGAACAGAUUUAUUACCAUUACUUAUUUUCUAAAAUUUAUAAUUUAAAUUUAUAUAAAAUGAGUAACUUUUUUGAUUUUCAAUUCUUAAAUGAAUUCAUCAAUAUUGAUAUAUUAAUGAAGUGUGACUUAAAAAAAAAAAAAGAACUUUUUAAUAAAUUGCUUGUAAAUUAUAAGUUUAUAAAUAAUAAAAAAGAUGAAAAAUCUUUUUUUACACUUCCUUUUAUAACAAUUUUAUUAAUUUUUAAAGACACUCAAUUUAACAAAAAUUUAUUUCAAAACUUAUUCGUGCAAUUAAUUAAAUAUUUAUUUAUCAUCAAUAUAAAUGAAGAACAAUAUAAUUUUUAUGUUUAUGACAUUUUAAAUGAAGAAGAUAAUAUUUCUUGUACUGAAUUAUCUUCUUAUUUUUAUUCUAUCUUUAAUGUUUUUGAUUUUAUUUUCAAUUAUUCAUUAAUUCAAUAUACAUAUAUAAAAGGAUUUCCUACAGACAGUUUAUUAAUGAUAUUUGUUUUUUGUAUGAAUUCAGAAGUAUCAUUAAAAAUUCAUUUUGAUAUAUAUGAAGAAAUAUUAAAAUCAAAUAAUAAUAUAUAUAAAAUUUUUCAAUAUUUUGGUUUACAAAUUGAUAAAUUGCACAAGUUUAAAUUAAAAAAAAGUGAUGAUCUUUACUCUACUUCAUUAAGUAUUUUAAAGGGGGAAAUAGAUAUAGACAAAUUAUAUGAAAAUUUUGAAUGGAUAAAAAUAAAAAGAUUUUAUUUUUCAUUAAUUGUUUAUGAUGUGUUUAAAGAAGAUUUAAAUACUGUCUCUUAUAAAUAUAGAUUAAAAACUAAUGAAGUAAAAAAUUUAUAUAUAAAAAGUUGUUAUAUUCUUUCUUUUAAUUUUAAAAUUUUGCGUAAUUUUAGAAACUCCUUGGACAUUUUUUGUAUAGUUUUAGAAAAUUUACUAUCGAAAAUGAAAUCAAAAAAUUUUCUUUUUAAAUUUUAA